CUAUUAUCUUCCCAUAUAUUAUUCAUUUUGGUUCUCUGUUUCAGUAUUUUUUCUUUCCCUUAGAUCCCUUGUACUGCUUCAACUUCAUAUGCUUAUUCGGUUAUUCCAUUCUCCAUCAUCUCAUCUCCUACAUCUUUUAUUUCUGUACAAAAUAAUCAACUUCGUAGCUCACAUAUGGGGAAUUUCCGCUUAAAAUUUUGCUACCAUGAGGAAUUCUUUUGUGAUUCUUUUGCUGCCUUUAUGGGGAAUCUUCUUUUGCUUCCUUGCUGCAAUCAUGAUUCUGAGGACAGAUUGCGCAAGAAGGCCCCAAACCCCAUUGACUGCAUUGGUUCUGCCUUACACCAUGUAGAUGUUCUGAUCGGCAUGAAUCCCAUUGACUCUGAAAACCUUAUUAUGUUUAAGAUUUUGAGAUUUGUUCUAAGGAAUCUCAAAAUGUUUGUUCUUUCCUCUAGAAAGUUGAAAAACGAUGCAAGUCUUGGAUCUUUUUCGGUGAAGAUUGAAGAUACUGUUCGGGCUUUCACAGAGUUAAUUCAUGCUAUUCAUCUUGAUUCGGAUGGUUUAGCUACUUCAGAAGGUCCAAGUCCAACUGCAGAGUUUGGUCAAAUCCUUAAAUCUUUCGAGAAACAAGCAGAUGAAUUGUACACCAUUCUCUUGGGUAAUAUGCAGCAGUCAAGCUCUCUUACAAUAGAUAAAGUCUUGGAAAUCAUUAACUCCUCUCUUGAUAAUCUGGCAGAAUUUUCAAAUUUGGAAAUGGAAUUCCCUGAAUCUCUUCAAUAUUCAAUGAAAGUCUUGGGUGAACAGAUGACAACCUUGAAUGGUAACAUCCUCUUGGCCAUGCAGAUUGAUUCUGAAUUCUCGUAUCAACCGACAAUAGAUUUGUUUGAUGAGGCCCCCAAGAAUGAUAUCUCAGCCACUAAGAACUUGCUGCCUCAUGCUGAAACUGCUGCUGUCAACGCUGCAUAUAUCCUUACUAGGAAGUUUGAAGACAGAAUGGGGUUUAAGUUUUAUGCACUGGUGCAAAAAUUAAAGCCCAUUGAUCCUUAGUUCUAUGAGACUUACACUGAAGUCCUGACUAGCUCAAUUUUACUGCAAAUUACUUUGCUCCACUGAUCAAAGACUUGGAAUGAAGCACUAUUUUAAAAAUGAAUGUCCUUCUCUUUUUUGGGUGGUACUAGAAUUUGUACAUAUGCCAUGGUUCGUGAGAACCGUCAACUGCUAAAGCUGUAUGAAGGACUCUGAUCCUUGAGUAAAAUAACUCUCAAAUUGCUGCAAUAGGCAAAUAAUUUGAUAUAUAAAAUAAUGAAAGAGUUUGGAGCUGUGUUUCGUUAUCCCAGAGAGUGUCUAGGCAUUGGAGUUGGUCAGGAUUCGUAAGAAAUCAUCAAGGCCAUUCUGACAGAACUUGGGGAUAAAGAUCCACGAACCCAUGUGUAUAGUUGCAGUGAGUUUCCAUGGAAGCAUCAAGGGAACCAUCAAGCAUCAUUGGAAGCUUCAGUAUUUUAUUCAUGGCCAAUACGACUUAAGCACCAGAAUAGAUGAUAAAUGACAGCUCAAAGAAGGUCUAAAUGCAGGAACUGAGGAAUCCCCUCGUUCCAUUUUGUAACAAACUCAUGUUAUCAGCUGAAGAGGGGAGAAAUUAUUUUGCAUCUCCUUUGCUAGUGACGAGUCCAUAUCCGCCACGGAUUACCGGACCGGCCCAUCUCGCCCAAUAAAGGGUCCAACCGACUCUAUGAGGGUGGUUGAGUAAAUUGAAACCUAGUAGGAUUCAGAUAUCUACUAGGUUAUUCCAUGCCUAUAAAUAGGGUUGAUCACACCACAAUUGAAGUAUGCUAUCUCUAGCACCAAUUACAAUAUACACGCUACUUUAUAACCUUUUUCUGACUUAAGCAUCAGAGUGUCUAUCCUUGGGGAGACCUCCGAGAAUCUGUUUUGUAGAUAAAUCCUACCGGUGUUCCACUAAACCGGUGAUACGAUUCCUGGCAUCGUCAAGUGGCAUGCCCAGUGGUACGAUCCCCGUACUACAAGCACCUCACUCGAGCCUCAGCAAAAGAAGCAAGUAAAAAAACAUACCCCCCCGGAUCCUCG